CCUCCAUCGUACCCUUCCAAACAAGUAGAAGAGGUGCCCGUCCAGCAGAUACCGGUCGAGCAGGACCUUUGCCAGCUAAAGCUAUUCUUCCCACGGACAACUUAGUGGUAUCGUCUCUCCAGCAAACAACUUCCAAUGGCAAGCAUUGCCUCCUCCGGUGGAUGGUGGUUCGUCGGAAAGGCAACAACCAGUCAUCAGCAGAAGAAGGCACCCGGAAGAAAGAGCGGCGCAAAGAAGCCAAAGGCUCUGUUUCCGACUAUCGCUGACCAGGUCAUAAUUGAUUUGAUAUGUCACCUUCCUCGGUGCCAUUCAGAGAAGAAUUUCUAUGGCACUAUGGGCCUUGUCUCGCUGCGCGACAUGGAGUCCGCAGCGGAAGGCUUGCCUCCAUAUCAACGACAGUUUAACAUUUAUCUGUAUACUUGGGAAUUGAGGAUAUUGGCCUGAGAGCCGAGAUUGAACCGGAACAACAUAUGG